UCAACAUCACAGCCAUUUUGCGUUCUUUUUUCGAAUUUGUUAGACGUUUUUUAGUUUCCCUCUUAUUUUACCAAACUUUUAAAGAGCUCAUGAUUAAGCAGACAUGUCGCAGGCACUGGUGAACGAGGAAACGCUAGAGGCGAUGGUUUACGAGCGCUCGAAAGCUUGGUCAAGUGCGAUGAAGAAUUUUUCAACCAUGGACGACGGACUAGAGAUAGAUGUGUCGCAAUUGGAGGAACUCUUCCAAGCCGAAGACGAAAACGAUCUCAAAGUCGACGAGGAGGAAGCCGUUGAGGACAACGUGGAGGAGGAAAAGUUGGAACUCUGUAAUAUUAAUGCCAACACCACCAGCCUUGCAGAACUGACAAUGAUCCUGUGCGCGGGAAAGGACAAAGGCGCCAAAGCCGAGAUCGAGCAGAUCCUGAACCAAACCAUGCCCGUUGUUGAGGAGCACAAUCGCAAAUGGCGCGAGGCGGGACUUGAUCGCAUCCUGGCAACCUUCGAUGAGAAGCAGAUUGAGCAUCAUGUGGGCGGUUGGAUGCGACGUCAUAACAGCGUCUAUUUGGAGGCCCCUCCUCCGAAACACCACUACCAACCGGACCACUCCAUUUCUGACGAGAGCGACGAGUCGCUGCACUCUAUCGACACUGCUCGCUAUAUCCAGCAGAGUCGGCGGCGCAACGCGCACAUGACCAACAAGAACUCCAACUUGACCACCAUUAAGAUGUAUCGCAAGCAUUCCCACAAACGCGAUGAGCUGAGGGCCAAGUAUGGCUACGAUGACGAGCAGGAGCACCGUCAUCACAUGCAAGCAGUGUUGCACCGCCGGCGGGAGAAGGAGCACAAGCUGGCCUAUCUGGCUGCCACGCCGAUGCACUGCAUCCAUUCUGGCAGCCACCAUGGAAGGCGCAAGCAUCUUCGCAAACGGCGCGCCAACUCAUAUAUGUUUGACUCGCUAUCCAGCAGUGAUGAUGAUCCAUCCUUUGGGGCUUGCGACUGCCACGGUUGUCGCAGACAUCACGCUUUGUCCAGGAGUGCCUAUCAGUACUGUCCAUAUGGAAGGCCACAACACGAGUAUCACCACCGUCAGGCGGCUUCAAGGACUAUGCACACCUUACGUCGUCAUCACACUUUUGACACGGAGGUGGAUCUGCGGCCAAGGAUGCCAGAGAACGAGUGCAGCUGCUGCAACAGCGAUCGCCUUUGUUCCAAUGUGGUGCACAUCGCCAACAGCUCCACCGAGGAGUGGGUGGUGGAGAACCGCAGCAGUCCGUUGGUGCUGGAGACGCCGAGUACAAGUCGAAAGCAUAAGCUCGUUUCUGUUAAAAAAUCAACACCGCAGUCAUCUCUAUCUAAGUGCCGCGACCCGAAAUCACCGAAACGAAAGGCUGUGUCUGCGUCUAAAUUAGUUAGAUCUAAAGCCAACUACAUGAAGAUGUUUGAUAGUGAUAUUUCCGAUGAUGAAAGGGUGCCGCGUCGAAGGCGUGGAGUUAGCUAUUCGGAGCAAAAAAGCCCAGUUUCCGCGGGUAACCCCACUUCUCUGGUUGCUUCAACGGCGAAGAAAGCUUCCAAGAAGGUAAUUACCUUAGCUCCCAAGGCUUUGCCUGAAAUCAAGGAAGAAGAGGCCACUCCAAUGAUAGAUAAGCGAAGUAAGGGUUCCUCCAUUCCCAAAAUUAAUGAAGACCACGAUAAAAGCAUAUCUUCUGAUGAAAGCGAGAUCUCGAUCAGGGGAAGGAAACGCUUAGUAAGUUUCUCGAAAGCACACUCCAAAGCGAUUGGAUUUGCAGCAAGCAGCGCUUCAAAAGAUCUCAUUACAAAGCCUCCUUUGGUUUUGCCACAAAUCAACGACAAAAACGUUACGAAAAAUUCUUUUGAGAUAACAAAGAAAAUCAAGAAAAGAGAAAUGGUAAAUGAAGCUAAGAAUCAGAAAAAUGAGAUUGUUGCGGCUUCUGACGAAAACAAAACUCUAGCAACUAAAUCUUUAUCUGAAAAGGACACUGGAAUCAAAUCGAAAUGUUCCGCAGAAAAAAGGGUUUCAAAGCAGAAAGAUAUUUCAGAUAAUAGCGGCAGUUUACCUCAAAUUAACGAGGAAACGGGAAAAUCUGAGAGCCUUGAAAAAAACAAGUCCAUUAUUAAUCCUGCAAAUCCACUGGUCAUUGACUUAACAUCUCCAUCUCAAAAUAAAAGAGGAAGGCCGAAGCAAAGUAAAAGAACACCAUCCGCUGAGAGAAAUACUUCUACACCGGGAGCAAAAAAGACCACAAGUUCCUCGAUAAAAAAGAAAACUAAAUCGGCUACUAUUCCAAACUUGCCGAAAAUCGCGGAGGAGGCACCGAAUGCAUCACCCGAUUCACAGACCAAACCUGAACCAAAUCCAUCGGUUAAAGUUCCAAAACCAAAGAACACCGAAAGUUCUGAUGGUUCAUCCGAUUCGGAAGAGGAUCUGCAGCGGGCAUUGGCUCUGUCGAAGACCACCUACAAGAAGGAGCAAUUGCAGCGCCAGAAGACCAAAAAGCAAACGUCUAUAGAGCAGCCACAGUCGCCUGCGGAACAAUCAUUGGCGGUCUUUAACAACCAGAGCGUGGCCUGCAACUCCACUGCUUUGGCCAACGACACUGCCUGCAAGCGUGUGCUUCCCAGAAAACAAGGGAUCAAAAGGGCAGCCGCAGUAAGCAGCACGGAGGAGCAGCUAGCGAAGAGUACCUCGGACAAACCGACGAAGGAAAACAAGGCUGGGACGUUGGGUGGCGAUCCCGACUGCACGGUGGUGACAUCCACCACUGGCUGCGAAUCAGUUUCACCGCCGAAUAGUGAACCCGUUCCACCGCCUCUCAAGAUAACGAAACGAGGAAUUCUGUUGCACAGCUCCUCGGCCCCGGGAUCUGAAAACUUCACACUGACCGAGCAGGGACUCGGGAAGUUCAUCGGGGAUCGUUGGGCCCGCAAGUACCUCAAAUACCACAUCGGCAGUCGAAGCUUUGACAGCCGACACUCGGUUUACUACCAGCCCACGCCCCAACUGGCCGCCGCCCUGAGUGUUCCGCAUAAUGAGCAGACCCUGGCCAACAUCUCGACCUCCAGUGCCAGCGACGACGACAUCUUCGAGCAGUUCAAUCGCUACGGGACGGUGUACAGCGUGCUCGAAAAGUCCAGCAAAGAGUAAUGUUUUGGUUUAAGUUUAAUUUACACAAUUAUUUCCAUUGUACACGUUGGUGUUAAACACACUCCUUGCAAAAGGAAUUCAGAAUUACGACUGUAGAGUUAAUUUUUUGAGUUUUGAUUUAUUUCACGUAAAUUACAUGAUCGAUAGUGAUAAUAGAAAACAUAAUACGUCAUAAUCAUUAUAAUCGUCAUAAAUUUUCGCUUAAGUAUUAAAUAAUUGUUUAAGAGAUUUAUUCGCAUUGCAAUAGUAUUUCUUGUGUGUCGAAGUUGUGUUUUAAGUUCGUUUCCAUAAAGUUUAUCAAAAUUCACAUACCGGCUAUUGUUAAUUUUAUGUAUUCACAAGAAAAACAAAUAAAACGUAAGAUCAAUUUAAAGAGUGA